AUGCCGGCCAAUGGUACCUCCACUAAUCCGGGUCUAAGCUUCACAUCCGGUCACAAUGAUCCCGUCUGGGUUCGAAGUAAUCCAUAUACUUCAUGGCCACGAUUUAAGAAACUCAGCGAGGAUCUAGAAACUCAUACUGUUAUCACUGGAGCGGGUGUUGCUGGGAUCUCAACUGCAUACGAGUUGGUCAAGAAAGGUGUUCAAGUCGUUCUUCUCGAAGCUAGGGAAGUAACAUCUGGGGAAUCCGGAAGGAGUAAUGGAGUAUUGGGAGACUGGUUAGGGAUGAAGUGGCAAGAUAUUAUCAAAUUGCAUGGCAUCGAAAACACCAGAUCCAUACACGAUAGCCACCGAUAUGCAAUUAGGAGAGCCCAAGAAAUUGCAAAAGAAUUGAACAUUGAAUGCGAUUUUACACAGCUUCCGUGCCACAUAUCUUUAGCCGACAAAGACGAUCUUUCAAAGGAGAUCGAGGCUUACAGCAAUGCUGCAGGGCCCACUCGAGCUGCCGAAGCUCUCGAUGAAGUCAGGGCCUCAGACUCAAAAACCUUCAAAGUUACCGAUUGUGCGACUUUGCAUCCUACGAAAUACUUACAUGGUAUCCUACGUUACCUUUCUGAUAAUCACUCUGAUUUAUUCUCCUGCUAUACGCACACCAGAGUCAAAGCGUAUAAAGGGGAUGGAAAUGGAGUAUCAAUCGAAAUAGAUGGGAGGAGUUGCUCUAUUAAGGCCAAAAACUUUGUGAUGGCGAUGAAUGUUCCUAUUCGAUCUCGAACUUACAUAAUGGCCAAUGCCUACUACCGGACAUACCACAUCGCAAACACGAUUCCAAAAACUGAGGCUCUGGAACACAUUGUCACCGGCUUAACUAGCAUCCUAGGAUUCACUACAUCAGUUGCGUCCCAUCCAGACCCAAAUCUAGUAUACCUCAUCGUAACCGGAGGUAGACACAAAACAGCCCACAUAGAUAUCGAAUACUACGAACCCCAUUUUGCAACACUCAAAGAAUGGGUAUUCAGAAACUUUCCCACGGCGAACACGGUGCCUGAAUUUUCAUGGUCAAGUCAAAUUGUUGAUUCAAAUGACAAUUUAGCAUUCAUAGGUCGCGAGAAGCCUGGUACAAAUAUAUUUGUGAUAACGGGCGACUCGGGCACUGGAUUUAAUUACGGAGUUAUAGGUGCUAAGAUCUUAAGUGAUCAAAUCACCGGCGUUAAGAAUACCUGGGAAAAUGUCUAUGAUGCUUCCAGGAAGCCGAAGUCGAAACUAUUGGAUCAAGAAAUUGAAAAGGUUCAUUUAGAAGAAUUAAUUGCCAAGUCUAGAGAGGACCGGUACGCCGCAAUCGACAUCGAAGAGCUACCGCCAUGUACAGGUGCUGUCAUAUCAAAAGACAGAACACAGCACGGAAUGCCGCUAGCAAUAUAUAAAGAUGAAGAAGGGAAAACCAGGCAGUUCACAGGACUUUGCACGCAUGCUUACGGUGUUUUGAUGUGGAAUCCGACCGAGAAAACAUUCGAUUGUCCCUUGCAUGGGAGCAGGUUCGAUUCUCGGACGGGAAGAUGCGUGUUCGGGCCUGCGAAUGCGGGAUUGAAACCGGACGAUGACGCCGCGAGGGAAGCGGCCGCGCUUUCAGUUGAAAUAUAA